UUUUCUCCACUUGGCGAUUAUUCACGAGGAAAAAGCCCUGAGCCUGGAGGUGAUCCGGCAGACAGCCGGGGACCGUGCUUUCCUGAACUUCCAGAACAACCUCAGCCAGACUCCUCUUCACCUGGCAGUGAUCACUGAUCAGCCUGAAAUUGCUGAGCAUCUUCUGAAGGCCGGAUGCGACCUGGAAAUCAGGGACUUCCGAGGAAACACCCCCCUGCACAUCGCCUGCCAGCAGGGCUCCCUCAGGAGCGUCAGUGUCCUCACACAGUACUGCCAGCCGCACCACCUCCUCGCUGUCCUGCAGGCAACCAACUACAACGGACAUACGUGUCUCCAUUUGGCAUCUAUUCAAGGAUACCUGGCUAUUGUCGAAUACUUGCUGUCCUUGGGAGCAGAUGUAAAUGCUCAGGAGCCAUGCAACGGCAGAACGGCACUACAUUUGGCUGUCGACCUGCAGAAUUCAGACCUGGUGUCGCUUCUGGUGAAACAUGGGGCAGAUGUGAACAAAGUGACCUACCAGGGCUAUUCCCCCUACCAGCUCACAUGGGGAAGAGACAACUCCAGCAUACAGGAACAGCUGAAGCAGCUGACCACAGCCGACCUGCAGAUGUUGCCAGAAAGUGAGGAUGAGGAGAGCAGUGAAUCAGAGCCCGAAUUCACAGAGGAUGAACUUAUGUAUGAUGAUUGCCUUAUUGGAGGACGACAGCUGGCAUUUUAAAGCUGAGCUUUCUGUGAAAAGAAGUGACUGUGUACAUAUGUAUAGAAAAAGGACUGACUUUCUUCAUUUAAAAAGAAAGUCACGACACAGAGAGAAAAAACAGGAGGGAAAUACUACACUGCCCAGCAAGGAGCACAUAAUUGUAACAGGAUGGUUCCAGGUUCUGGCCUGUGUUUAAAUGCAGGAGUGGGAUGUGUAACAUCAGUAGAGACCCAUGGUUAUUCACACCACCUGAUAAAGAGCCGCAUAGCCAAUCUUCUCAACCCUACGAAGGUAACGGACUGCACAUCCAGCCUGCCAGUUGCAGAGAGCUAUCUUGUGGUGUUAAGUACCACGAGGAACACACGUCCUCUCGUAGCAAGGCAAGGCUUGUACCGACACCCCAUCUUCCCAGAGACCUGAUGUUAGUUUGUGUUUGUGGUGGUGCUCCCUGGCCUUACUGACCGACCUCAGCUGCUCCCGGCAGGUCAUCCCAGGCUGGGGAGUCAAACGGGGGGACUGCUGACCUCCUGGCCCUUAGGAGAAAGUAGCAAUAAUGUUAACUGUGGGCAUUGGAAACUCUGUGUUUCACACCAUGUGUGUCAUAAUUGCUACACUUUUUAGCAAUUG